CCCCUUUGACCCCAUCGGUUUUACGAGUCGACGGAGUACUGUGAAAGGACGGAAAGAAAACCAAGAUUAUUCCGGCUAACUUAUACAGUUAUCUUUCUUUUUGUCUUUUUUUUUUUCUUCAUUAAUCCUCUCUCUCACAGCCUCACUUCACCACCACCGGUGGCUUGCCUUCUCCGGCAGAAGUUAAUGCUUUUGGAUUGAACGAAUUUUAAAGAAGAAAAAUCAACCGUUUGAAAAACAAAAUUACGUCUGAUUAGUCAAAACCCCCAAAAAAGCCAAAAACCCACCAAAAACCCUCCUCUUCUCGUCUGUAGAAGUAAGAACAGAAUGCUCUCUCGUUUCAUUGCCAAAUCUUCUCAUCUCCGAUUCUUAACCUUAAUUUCCUCCUCCCAAAACCAUCUACAAAACCUUAAACCCACACCCCCUCCUCCUUUAAUUCCAAAUCCAAACAUUGUUUUUCAGUCCCAGAUUUCGCAUUUUUACUCCACCGGUAACAACAACAACAACAACAACAACAACAAGGAUUCACCGACCUCCCACCUGUGGAAUUUAUCUUCGGAGGCGGAUGAUUCUGUUGAUUCUGUCUUCGGCGACGAGGAGCUCCGAACUUUAGAUGGUCUUAGCGAUGAGGAGGAGAAGCCACAGCCGCCGCAUAUGAAAUCGGAGAGUCAAACCCAGAAAUGGAGCUCGGAAUCUUUAAAUGAUGGGGCUGGCGGUGAGGAAGAUAUAUUCAGAGAGGCCGAAAAGGGUCAUCAUCAUGAUGGGUGGGCCACGGCGGAGGGCUACAAGCCUUGGACUCUUACCGGGGAUGGAGGAGAUAAGGAUGAAGUUAAGAAUUUGUUUGACGUCGGUAAAGGAGAUAAGUGGGAAAUGGAAAAUGAGGUAUCUGAGGAGGUGGACUUAGUAGCAUUUCAGAAUAGCGAAGAGGGAAAGUUUCUGGAGGUUGCGGAGAAGAAGCUCACUGAGAUGCUCAAAGGUCCAAAUCGUGCAUUUGGUGACCUUAUUGCAGCAUCUGGAAUCACCGAUGAAAUGCUCGACAGUUUGAUGGCUUUGAAGAAUUUUGAGGAUAUUCCAGGACUUCCUCCCUUAUGGAAGAUAGAGGAUAACCGCUACGAAAAGAGUACAAUGAAAUCCUCAAGGGCUGAAAUUGAGCGGCAGAAACAGGAGGAACUUGCUAAUUCCCGUGUGCGGCGAGUAGAUGACAAGGGAAGGGCUUAUGGUACUGGAAGGAGGAAAUGCAGUAUAGCUCGUGUAUGGGUGCAACCUGGGGCUGGAAAGUUCGUUGUGAAUGAUAAAGAGUUCGAUGUGUAUUUCCCAAUGCUUGAUCAUCGGGCCAUCCUUCUUCGGCCUUUCUCUGAAACUAAGACGUUGGGUUUGUGGGAUGUGAAUUGUACAGUUAAAGGAGGUGGUGUAUCAGGUCAGGUUGGUGCAAUUCGAUUGGGCAUCAGCAGGGCAUUGCAAAAUUGGGCACCAGAUUUACGUCCUCCUCUUAGAGCAGCUGGUUUCUUGACAAGAGAUCCAAGAGUUGUCGAAAGGAAAAAGCCUGGGAAAGCGAAAGCCAGAAGGAGCUUCCAAUGGGUUAAGCGUUAGAGAAACUCGUUGCAUAUUCUUCGAGUGGGCAAGGCUUUUAAAAUCCACCAUCGUUCCCUGGAAUAAUUUUGUAGUUUCGCAGAAGAGAAUUUUGCACCGGUUGUGGAAAUGUACUUGAACUUGAGAGUUGAGAUACACUCAGAUACUCACGGAUUUGAUAGUCAGAGGAAUAUUUCCUCUUCUUCCUUCUUCACUUUUCGUAUUAUGGGGGAGUAUCCAUCAACUCAAGUAGAAGUAGCUUUCUUUUUUCUCUCGACACUUGUUUUUUUCUUAUAUACUAUCAGUGUGCCGAUAAUGUUUUUUACUUACUUUGAGAAAAAUCAGAACUCGUAAGGUGAUGCUCAAUAUUCAUUAUCAAAAUAACUUCAUAUUCAC